GAGAUAAAUGCCACGCCCCCGUUGUACGUAUGUGAAAAAAUUAUUGUUAUCGUUGGUAGAACAUGAAAAAAUAAUAAUUUGCGGAUAAUUUUCAUCGCUGCGCCAGAUUUUUACGUAAACAUGUUGAUUUUGCCCUGCUAGGUACCCAAACUCUAGACUAUUACGAUGAAUAGUCAAGUAAACAGAAGAAUGCAGCAAGAUUACGGUCAGCAUGGGGGAUUCGACCACCCUCUGUUAUCAAAUUCGACCAUCUCGAAGAUGCAGAAACAAUUUUGGGUGACGAAGCAGACGGUUUUCAAGAAACUUGGCAAAAAGGAAGACGAAUGCGUUGUUGCUUCUGAUUCCGACCUUGACGCUAAGUUGGAACUCUAUCGGUCCAUCCAGCAAAGCUGUUACGAUUUGCAAAGGAUCAUAGAGCGCUAUCAGGAAAAAACUUGCACUUUAUCGCAAGAGGAAAACGCGAUGGGCCGCUUUUUGAAGGAGGCUGGCAAGGUGGACAAGAGCCAGGCGGGCAAAAUGAUGAUCCUCGUGGGAAAGGCAAUGAGCUACACCGGACAGCAGCGACUGUCCAUGCGCAUGCCACUGCUGCGUCUGCAUCAAGAGGUUGACACUUUUCGUCGCAGGGCUAUUGAUGACACGAACCAGAAUAUCAUGGCCAUGGAAAGGUCUCGCACAGAGUAUCGAGCUUCCCUGAACUGGAUGAAGGAGGUGUCGCAGCAGCUCGACCCUGACACCAAUAGGCAGAUGGAGAAAUUCCGCAAGGUGCAGAUCCAGGUGCGGACCAGCAAGCAGGGCUUCGACAAGCAGAAGAUUGUGUGCCUGCAAAAAGUCGAUCUCUUGGCCGCAGCCAGGUGCAACAUGUUCUCCCACGCACUCAUUUUGUACCAGUCGUCGCUGCUGAAGUUUGCAGAAAUGGCUUGCAAGGCUUUUUCCAAUGUGGCCAAGACCAUUAAAGAUUACCAGCCUUACGAGUUCAACGUUGUGAAGGAGCUGCGAGAUGAGUCAUUAAAAUUAGCUGAAGAAACAGAAGGUGGAUUGGAAGAAGUAGGAGAAGAAGCUCAAGAGGCUCUUGACAAAACCGAGAAUGAGAUGUUCUUAUUCGGAGAUGAUUUCAAAGAAUUCCAGCGUGCUAAACCAAUUGAUGACGACGAAGCGCUGCUUGACAUUGGAGCUUCUUCAACUUGUGCCGACCAAAGCCCAACAACGGAGGCACUUUUGAAGGACUUGUUUGCUCCAGACGAGUCCGCAACCGCAUCAGGCUUCAGUGCCGAAUGGCAAGCUGCUUUCGGAAACCAACCGGAUGUGAGCCAGGAGUCUUCCCUGCUCACUGGUUUAAAUUUUGACAACUACUUGCCGUCCAAAAUGCUGGAAAACUGGCCCAAAGAUGGGACUCCGGAGGAAUUGGCUCCUCUCUGUCCAGAAACCCCAAGUUCCGAGACAAGCAAGGACAAAUCUCGCUUGCCUAAGAAGAGCAAAAUGAGUAGCAACGACAUGUCUGCCUGGCUGAACGUUUUUUCUGAGCUGGAUCCAUUGGCUAAUCCUGAUAGCAUGAAUUCCAGUAGGGUUAGCGGAGACGACUGCUGAACUAUCUGUGUAAUUAUCACAAAAUCUAUGUCGGUAUAACUGGUGAUAUAUUCGCUAAAAUGAUUAAGAUCUCUUUUGCAAUUGAAUCUUCCUUACAUUGAAAAAUAUAUGUUAUAUAGUCAUUCCCUGCACCAAAGCAUUUAUUGAUUGCUAGUCUUGUUUAAAGUUAACUUUUGACGAAUCCUUAUGUUUCUGGUGCACACCAAUUUUUAUUCACUCUCUCCAACGUGAAUUUGUUUUACAACUGCAUUUUAUUACACAUAAUGAUGUUGUAUGUGCCUCCGUGUACUGUUUUUGUCUAAUUAACCAAUAAAUUCGAAACAAAAAGAUGUUUGUUUUCUACACAAUUA